AUGUUGGUCUUGGCGCCGUUUACACUGCUUGUUGCUGCGGCUGCUGCUUUGCAGAGUCCGCAUCGUAAGGCUGCAUCUUUGAAACAGUCGGUCAGGAAUGUUCAAAAGAGGGAUGUGGCUGCUAGUCAGACUGAGUUUCAGUAUUUGAAUAAGAAGACGCAGAAAUUCGCCGUCAAUGGUACUCACUUCCCCCAGGUGCCUUUCGAUAUUGGUGAAAGUUAUUCUGGUCUUAUAUCCAAUACGCCUCAUGGGAACUCGAGCUUGUUCUUCUGGUUCUUCCCAUCUACCAACCCAGCUGCGAAGAAGGAGAUUACAAUCUGGCUGAAUGGAGGCCCCGGUUGCAGUUCGCUCGACGGUCUGUUGCAGGAGAAUGGCCCUUUCCUGUGGCAAUCCGGUGUAUAUGAGCCUGUGAAGAACCCUUACUCAUGGACCAAAUUGACCAACGUGGUCUACAUUGAUCAGCCCGCUGGCACGGGUUUUUCUCCUGGUCCAGCUUCGGUGGAAAAUGAAAUUGAUGUCGCCAAUCAGUUUAACGAUUUCUGGAAGAACUUCAUUGAGACCUUUAGCAUGCAGGGUUAUAAGGUUUACAUUACUGGAGAGAGCUAUGCCGGUCAAUACAUUCCCUAUAUUGCUUCCGGGAUGCUGGACCGCAAGGACAAGACACAUUUCAACCUGAAAGGCAUUCAAAUCAACGAUCCUUCUAUCAACGAGGAUGAGGUUCUGAUCUAUGCCCCCGCCGUCCCAGCAUUGAACUAUUUCUCCAACGUCUUCGGCCUAAACGAAACCUUCAUGAAAGAAAUCAACAAACGCAACGACGAAUGCGGCUACACUGAAUUCCUCACCAAAGCCCUAACCUUCCCCCCACCAAAAAGCUUCCCCGUCGCACCAAAUCCCAGCAAACCAGGCUGCGACGUCUGGGACCAAAUAGUAAAAGCCGCAACAUACAUCAACCCCUGCUUCAACAUAUACCACCUAACAGACUUCUGCCCCUUCCUCUGGGACGAGAUGGGAUUCCCCUCUCUAGCAGGCGGCCCAAACAACUACUUCAACCAAUCCGCGGUCCAAGAAGCCCUCCACGUCCCAACAACCAACUACGCCGUCUGCGGAGGCGACAUCUUCCCCAACGGCGACGGCUCACUCCCCAGCGCACUAGGACCCCUACCCCGCGUCAUCGAGCAGACGAAUAACGUCCUCCUCGGCCACGGCUGGUACGAUUACCUUCUUUUCGCGAACGGAUCCCUAGCUACAAUCCAGAACAUGACCUGGAAUGGCAAGCAGGGCUUCCAGAAACCCCCCACCGAGCCGUUCUUCGUGCCGUACACGGAUGCCUUGGAUAAAAUCGCAAACGGUGACUCUAGUACCCCCUGGACGGCGGAUGCCGGUGCCGGUAUUCUAGGCACGGCCCAUACUGAGCGUGGUCUGACCUUCAGUACGGUCUACGGAUCUGGUCAUGAAAUCCCCCAGUAUGUUCCUGGUGCGGCCUAUAGGCAUCUCGAGUUCUUGCUCGGGCGUAUUGAAAGCCUCCAGCAGAAAGGCUCUUUUACUGCUCUGUAA